AUGCAAGUGCUGAUGUUUCUUCUAAGUUUUUGUUUUUCACUUUCAACUGCUUUUUACUUCCACGCCGCAGAACAAGAGGAGAAAUGCAUAAUAGAAGACAUUCCGAGUGACACAUGGAUAACAGGGGCUUUCAAGAUACAGCAAUGGGACAUAGGCAGACAUGAUUUCCUUGAACCGGCUCCUGGUUUGGGACUGUUUGUGACUGUUAAAACUUACGAAGAUGAGGUAUUACUGUCAAAGUUAUAUGGCCCACAAGGAACAUUCUAUUUUACUUCACAUUCAUCUGGAGAACACAUCAUUUGCUUAAAAUCUAAUUCUACAAGGCUUGUGGCAUUCAGAGGGAGUAAGCUGCGGAUCCAUUUAGAUAUUCGAGUUGGAGAACAUGACCUUGAUGCAGCCAUUGCUCAAGCAAAGGACAAAGUUAAUGAAGUUAGCUUCAAGCUUGAACAUCUAAUUGAGCAAAUAGAGCAAGUAGUCAAAGAACAAAAUUAUCAAAGGGACCGUGAAGAAAAUUUCCGAAUGAUCAGUGAAGAUACAAACAGCAAUGUUUUAUGGUGGGCUUUUGCACAAACAUUAAUCCUGAUCUCAGUUGGAAUUUUCCAAAUGAAGUACCUUAAAGACUUCUUUAUAGCUAAAAAGCUUGUUUAAAAUAUUAAUAAAGGCAAAUAA